AUGGUGCACCUCAUCUUGACCGGGGCCACUGGGCUCGUCGGCUCGGGCGUGCUACAGCAGAUGCUCGCCAACGACGCUGUCUCGCGCAUCUCCAUCUUAAGCAGACGGCCCGUGAAAAUGGCAGAGGGCGAAGCUAAAGCGAAAGUCAUCAUACACAAGGAUUUCAUGACCUACGAUCAGACGCUGCUGGACGAGCUCAAGGAUGCGCAGGGCUGUGUGUGGGCGCUGGGCGUCUCGCAGAAUGACGUUGACAAGGCGUUGGUUAUUCCUACUCCACUCAUCCCGUGCAAGAAAGCUAAUUGUUCCUGUAGUCAAUACUUCGAGAUAACGCACGAGUACCCCCUCGCCGCCGCACAAGCGUUCGCAAAGCUGCAUCCGAACUCGCCGUUCACAUUCGUUUUCGUAUCCGCCGAAGGCGCCACUCACAACCCGGGCAUGUUCACAGCCAUGUUCGGGCGCGUCAAGGGACAGGUUGAGAAGUCCAUGUUUGACUUCUACAAGGCGACACCGAACUUCAAGCUUUAUACGGUGCGACCAGCCGGAGUGGAUUGGCGGGAUCACCCGGAGAUACAUCCAUUCAUGCCCAGUCAGCCGUUGUGGAAGAAGGCGCUGAUGGCCCCGAUUGAUGCGGUGUACAAGCCCAUGAUCACGCCGACAAAGCCGAUGGGUAGGAUAUACACGGAGCUGGCGAUGAGCAAAGGGGAACCGCUGGAGGGAAAGGACACACAGAUGGAAGGGAGGCUUUUGCCAAAUAUUGCUUUCAGGCGAAUGGCAGGGCUGUAG